GACAUGCAUCAUUCAAUGAUUAACUGCAAUCGAAUCCGACGGAAUCUCAUAUCUCUUGUUCCGCUAAUGUAAAUAAACCAAUUGAAAUAGAUGCUAUGAGAUCGAUAGAUCUAGUUCAGUUGCAUGUGCUGCAGCUGAUAGCCUCACUCCGAGCAGAGCAGUUCCUCAGCUCUUUGUUAGCCGAAUGAAAAAGCUCAUGUGUCUUGGACUUAUGGCGAGAACAAUCAAGGAACUUCCAUGGACUAUAAUCCUGGGACUUUGCCUGACGGUUCACCUGAAACUUUCUUCUUUGCAUCUCUUGUAAAAUUUGCAAUGUUCAGUUGAGAUCUUUUGUCUACAUAUCUUCGUGGAAAAUAAGUCUUUUAGAGAAGAUCCUAAUAAGAACUGUUGCGAGAGAAUCAUUAUUCCAGACAUCAAAAUAUCUGUAGUUGGUAUUACUGGUAUUUUCCUUUGCUGAAAAAACCCUAUGGAAAAUUCCUAACUUUUUAGAGACUAAAAGAAUAAGAACUCGGUUGCGAGAUUAAAAUCGUCCCCGACAUCACAUGCUUCUAUUUUGUUGUUUUGGUGUGUAUGCCUCACCUCAUUCUCCACCAUGAAUUGGCAGCAAUGUCAUCGACCACGGUCGAUGUCCACACCGUACCCCCAUAUCUGCCCACCUGUCGACGACCCUGCAGAUUUUUCUUUCAAGAUAAUUGUCAUAGGAGACUCUUGCGUCGGCAAAACCAGUUUCAUCAAUAUGUUCUGUGAACAUGUCUUUAAAGAUAAUCACACAGGAACAAUAGGAAUGGACCUGAACAAAAGGAUCAUCGAUAUUGAUGGGAAGAAAAUCAGAUUGCAUGUUUGGGAUACUGCUGGUCAAGAAAGAUUUCGAACCCUAACUACAGCUUAUUAUCGGGGUGCAACGGGCAUUAUCAUUCUAUACGAUGUAACGAGGGAAAGUUCAUUUGAUAAUGUGACUAAAUGGCUUGAAGAUGUUUCACGUAAUGUUUGUUCAGAUACAUGCAAAGUGCUGGUUGGAAAUAAGAGUGACUGCACCCGAGUCGAGAGAGUGCCCAUUAAACGGGCUGUAAAGUUAUCAGAAUCGUUUGACUUCCCUUACAUCGAGGCAAGUGCGAAGACUGGUGAGAACGUUGAAAAGGUGUUUGAGACUAUUACAAGACAGAUGAUAGAGAGGUAUAACAAAAAGAUGAAUACAAAUCGACCUCUUCCACCGCGUCCAACGACAACGGAGAAAAUUGAACUACUUGCCAAGAAAAAGAGCGCGUUUUCUGUGUGUUCUUGUUGAAAAUAUAGAGGAUUAAUGAAAACUAAUAAACUAUUUAUUGGAACUUUCUGCUGGAAAUAAAAAUCUUUACCAGAAAGAUGACGAAAGGUAAUGAAUGAUGAUGACUUCUCUUUCGAAACGUUAACGUUGACGGUCAGAAUCUAGAACCUCUGUUUUUGCCUGUAUACUGUUUGCGAAGACUCAAAGAUUUUUCUUAUGGGGGUCUUAUGAGGGUCGUCAUCUGGACUCUCUGUUUUCUGGAUGUACAAUAUUGAUGUCUUUACUUCUUAAACAACAUUUCAUUCAUAUAAAUCAUUGAUGGCCUAUCAUAUCAACGGGAUCGUUACUUGCCAACCAGUUUUGUGCAAAAGGUUACCCUUCCCGUAAUAACCAAUGACUAAUCUCACCACUAAUGUAUAUCGUUCUGUCAUGCUAUGGCAUAAACACUUCUUUUAAAGUCAAGAUUGUUUGAGAUGAUAUUUUUAUUUCUCCUUUAAAUUCACGUUUGAGAAUGUAAAUAAAAUCACUUUAGAAGUAGCACGAGUUGAUGACUAUCUUGUUUUACAACUUCGUUCAGCGUGACUAUUAGACAAUAAUUUCUUUCAAGGAAUUGAUAAAAUUGUUUGCACAGUAUUGCAUUUAAUUUAUUCCCCUUAGGCUAUAUAUCAGGAAGAACCUAUCAAACUUCUAAAUUGAGUAAGAGAUACGUGUAUCUUCAAAGUCCGAUUUUUUUUUAUUAUAGGAUGAAUUUCUUUAAACUCUAUAAUUAUGAUUUUAGUUUCUGUUGUUGAAAAUGAUGUGUAUAUAUUGGUUAUGUAGUUACUACGCAAUAUUGUCUUGUGUAAAUAAUUAUGUAUAUUUUUUUCAUACUAAUGUGCAAUAAUUUUUUCCUGUAUAUAUGUUUAUAAUAAAGUAAAAAGGAUUUUCAUAAAUGUUUCUUGCAACUUUUAAUAAAAGGAAAAGUUAGGUAAUUGGUAAAGUAAUUUGUAAUGAAAUUUUACAGAAUUUUGCAGAAUCAUUUGUUGUUUUUUAUUAUUUCUUUGUAUCAUCUGUGAAUGAUUGAAAGUGAAACCAUGAUUUUAAAUUAUUAAGCAAAAUCAAUUAUAUAGAAACUCGAAGCGGCUGUCUAAAAUCUAUAUUUAGAUGAGACACGACGAUUAAAUGUAAUUGUUCAUUACUCAGAAACACAACGGAAAACCUAUACACACGUGUUCUCGGUUUGUUUGAAAUGUGAGUUUUCAAUUUAAACUUAUUUUCUCUAUUAUUUAUUGGUCUAGAACAUUAUAAAAGCUCGAUAGAUAAAUUGUAUUCAUAAUCACUUUGAUCAAACCUCUUCCCAUGCAAAUUGACUUCAGUAUUCAUAACCAGUGACUCGUUCUUGGUGCACAAAUAACUGAACUUUACGAAGCAGAAUGGGAAUCUAAUUAAUAUUGGUCCUCAGAUGGGAGAAGAAAAAAAAUAUUCGUUCGAAAGACAGAAUGCCAAGUAGUAGGUCGUUGGUGUUGUCUUUUAAACACUGUUUUCAAUUAAUUUCAAUUAAGGAAUUACCAGUUUUCAUUCAUGCUUUCAAUUACGAUACUUAAGCCUACUUGUGAGGAUCUUCCAGGAAAAUCCGUGAAGGGUCUUCUACCGUGACGUGUCUUAAUAAUUGUGGAUAUCUUUCUCCUGUGGAGUGACGCC